CUAUGUCAUGGAAAAAGCAGUUCUUCCUAAUGUUUUAUACACUCAGUGAAUAUUUAUAUACUUUUUUAUAUGAAGUUUUUCCAGAAUAAUAAAGCUGUAUGUAUCAACUUUUAAUAAGUUGACGUUACCUGAAAGCUGACAGAUUGUGACUGAAAAUAUAUACAUUAUCAUCCCAUUUUUUCUGCUUUAAAACAUGGUACGGGGUACCAUGGUUCGAACAUUGAACAAUAUGGAGGAGCUUAGAAAUUCUUCGUUUGGUCGUCCCUCACCCAGGCACGGACUCAGGCUCCUUUUCUGGUUCGCCAAAGAUCACAUCGUCAUCGAAAAUGACCAGAUGGUUGCAAAUUGCGACCCCAAAGAGGGAGGCUUUGGAUUCCAUCACUUCCAGAACAGACGUGAGUGUAAAAACAAUGUCUGCAAGAGGCUGCUUCCUUUUAGUGAGUACCCAUUCUAUGACGUGGGCAACCUCUACCUCCCAACAUCUAAAUCCCUGCCUAAAUAUGUCCGUGAGGGUAACACUCAUCAGAUAGAUGACAGCAACAUGGACCGUCUCAUCAUCAGUAUGCGUCCAGACAGGAUAGUGGAUAAGGUCUAUGUGACGAAGCACGAGGACCUGAAGAGCUUCGACCCGGUCAACACAUAUUGCAUCAGCAGGAGCUUGCUCAUGAUCAUACGUCAGUAUACAUUGAGGAAGUUCCUGGAACAGGCGGGCUAUUACACCCAAAAUGUAAUCGCCCCCAGGGAGUCUGGGGAUACCAGGAUUGAUAUGGACGGUGGAUCCAGAGCUCCACCCAGAGCUCCACCCAGCGCUCCACCCAGAGCUGCACCAGGCUUCUGGGAAAGCUACUGUACCAUACUGUAACCAGGCUUCUAGGAAAGCUACUGUACCAUACUGUAGAUCAGUGUCCUUUAGUCCUGGUCCUGGGGACCCUGAAGGGGGGAACUUUUUAGUUUCUUGCCCCAGCACAUUGCUGUUCAUUAUGGUAUGUUAAUUUUCACUAAUACAUUUAGUCGUUUAUCAGACACUCUUAUCCAGAGUGACUUCAGUGCAUGAAACUAAAGGCAGAUAAACAAAAACAUCCUGUAUCACAUAGGAAGUCAACUGUUUCUGUUACCAUUACUGAGAGGGUUGUUGCUGUUGGGGCCUGCUAUUGGCUAAUAUACUUCUGUAUGUUAAAAUACAAACUACAUGCAUUUUAAUUAAAUACACUUCAAAAUACA